CCCCAUUCCUUUGCAGAGGUAAUGCCACUUGAUGGAUUCAUCAUAGAUAACUUUUACGGACAAGUUCUGAUGUCAGGCAGGUUCUCGAACAACGAGGAAAUUCUGAUCGCUCUUAGUAAAUGCCUAGAAAGCUAAGAGAAAGAAUAAGAACAUAGCAGGAUUACUGCAAAUCCUGAUCCUUUUCUCAUUUCUCCUUUGGAAUAAGGCAGAUCAUUGUUACAGCAUGAAAGCAGGGCAGGAUUGGGGGCAGGACUGACUCCAGCUUUGAUUGUAAAGUAGAAUGUGUGGAUUCUAUUCCUCUCCAGGGCUGGGAUCUGACAUCACAAGAGCCUGUUGCUUCCACACGCCAGGUUUCCAUGUAGCAAGCAGCUGCCUCCCUCACCUAGUCGGAUGAAGGAAUAUGCUGAGAACCUUCCAUUCCUAGUUACAUGUCGGAGAUCCUUAGAGACACCUCCCAGGGCUGAGGAAGGAUGGGAAGGGGAGUUGGCAUCUAGCAGACAGUCCCCCCCCUCAUUAUUUCCAAUACAACCUAAACACAGACACCCACUCGCUCCCUGUGCCAUGUCUGCCAGCUCUCUGAAUACCAACUACGAGCCCAUUCUGCCCUGCCAACUCCUGCCAGGUGCCAGUCUCACAUACAGUGCUAUGUUCGCAGCCUGGCAGGGAUUCUGAGACCCCCCGAGCUUGCAGUAACCAUGCCGGGGUCUGGAUUUUCAGAGAAGAAGCUCUUCAGGUAAAACAGAUCCAGGGGGAUAAUUUCCAGGAGGAUUUUCAUGGCACACGGCUGCCAGCUGUUCGGCAUGGGCUCUUGCAUUUCCAAAGGUGAGUUGGGGGGGGGAGCAGGGGCAAAGUUGGACAAUGGUUAAGCCACGGGCAGCCCUGGGAGUUGAAAAGCAGAAGUGAUGUGGAGGGCACACCUCUGCUCCUAAAAGGGUUAAUGUCUCUGUCACAAGCAAUCUGCUUUUAUUGACAGCUGGGUGAGCGUGCCAUGUUUCUAUAGGGAGUAAAUUAAACAGGGGCUCUAAUGUCAGCAGCAAGUCCCAGCUUUACAAAGUGGAUUAAUUAACCUGGCAAUUCCCUUUGUAAACAGCUAAUGAACUGGGCAGUGGGUUAAACACAGGCAAAUCUUUGGCUUGUUAAAGUCACCCACAAAUGUUUUCUUUCAAAUUGCUAUGUAAAGGUUGGAGAGCCUGUGGGCCCCAGAAUGUGGGAUUUGGGGGCCCAUGUGGUUUAUUUUCUAGAGUUUUAGAUAUAAAUAUAAAAAUAGAGGAGUAAGGAUGUACUGCUGUUGUAUGGAGAGAGAGGGCUGUAUAUAGGCAUGGGGGGGGGGUUCUAUUUCUGACGUACAAGAUAACCGGGUUCCUUGAUUAGGGGUCGUUCUUAAAGGUCAUUUAAGUAAGAAAAUGCUUUGUUACUUUGUGUUAAACACACAGACACUGUUAAUUCAUAUUAACUAUGAAUGAAAACACAAUUAUUCUACAGCAGACAUGAUCCCUUCCUCCCAAACCCCUCAUUCAGACAGAGGAUGGGGCGUGGAACGGUUCUGAAUACUUUUUAUUGAUCUCUGUAAAUACAAAUAUCUAUUGAGUCAUUUCUGGAAUUUACAGUCAGUCUGAUUUCCAGUGACCUUUGACAUCACGAAUAAAAAUGGCAGUAGAUUAUUUACCCUUUUAGUGAGAAAGAAAUGUCACAUUUGCAUCUGUGGCUUCCCCUGUCCCCUAUCUGGCUAAAAGGUAUAGAGUUGUAUUAAAGCAAACUGUUCUAUACCAUAUAAAUGUCAUAUAAAGUUUUCAAUGAUGUGAUCCUUGGUCUGUGUAUAUGGGUUAAAGAGUUUGAAAAUUACAUAUAGGAAGUGUUUAGGAAAUGCCACUACCACUCCAUUAAAUGCCACUACCACUCCAUUUUCACUCCAGCCUCUUCUCUGCCUCCAUGCUGUGUGCCUCCAGCCUCCUCCUCUCUCCAUUCCUGUGUGCCUCUGCUGCCUCCUCCCUCCAUUCCUCGGGCAGCUCUCUGUGAAGCUGGGAGGAAGUGGCUGUCACUUUCUUCCUGCCAGCUGAUAUCACAGUGGCCCGGUCGGCUCUUAAAGGGCUUACUGGCCCCUAACUGGCCCCUGUUUAGCAAUAAUUAUGGGUGGGAGGAGUGGAGCAAAUCAUAUGAAAUACAAUGGAAAUCACACACACACACAUCAGAUUGUGUGUGUGAUUUGUGGGAUAAUAUACAUGAUUUUGCAGCAUUUAAAAUGCGGGAGUCUGUCUCGGAACUACUGGGAGACUUGGGAUGUCUGAUAAAGGUGUUGUUUUCCCCAGCAUUAUGUGUCGUCUCAUGUCUGGGUAAUGGGGCUAUAAACACUAAACAGCUCACUAAUAAUAAGUUCACUGACACACAAUGUCCCUACAGACAAGCUCACUGACAUAAACACAUGCUUAUUACAGACAAGCUCACUGACCUAAACACAUGCUUAUUACAGAGCAGCUCACUGACACACAAUAUCCCUACAGACAAGUUCACUGACACACAUACUCCUUCCAGACAAACUCAUUGACAUACACACAUGCUUAUAACAGACAAGCUCACUGACACACACAUGGUUAUUACAGACUCCUCUCCUCCUCUUCGGCGGAAUGCGCAUGCGCGGCAGGAGCUGCGCGCGCAUUCAACCUGUCUCAUAGGAAAGCAUUCAUAAUGCUUUCCUAUGGACGCUGGCGUCUUCUCACUGUGAUUUUCACAGUGAGAAUCACGCAAAUGCCUCUAGUGGCUGUCAAUGAGACAGCCACUAGAUGCUUUAGAGGCUGGAUUAACCCUAUUAUAAACAUAGCAGUUUCUCUGAAACUGCUAUGUUUAUAAAAAAAAAGGGUUAAUCCUAGAGGGACCUGGCACCCAGACCACUUCAUUAAGCUGAAGUGGUCUGGGUGCCUAGAAUGGUCCUUUAAGCUUUGGCUCAUGUAUGGAUUAUUUGGCGAUACCAGCGAUUUAUUACUCUGUGGAUUACUUGGUGAUUUUAUUUUAUGGGAAGAAGGGAAUACUGGAUGGUGAUACAGUUUACUACCGUCACAAAGAUCCUCCCUUAGUGUAUGAUAGAUGACGUAUUAGCAUAUAUGACCCUGGUUCUUUCUUUGGCACUAAACCCAGAGGGGAUAACUCUAAACAGUGGAACAUCGAAAGGGCCUUCACCCGUACCUAAUUCUAACUCUUUACAAAUCGUUUUCAAAGCUAAACUUGGUAAUUCUAAAACUGAUUUUAAAUUUUCAACACAACAAACUUCAACAGAAAUAUGUACAUGUAACCGGAAACCAUUUUCAAAGCCUUCUCUAAUUAACUUGGCCUUCUCCCGAUUUGGAUACAUUUCGAGAUAAGGUAGUAAUCUUUCCAGUUUCACUGGGGUCUGAGCUUUUUGAAAAUGUACUACUUUGCUGACCUCUUUUAUAGCAAUUAAAAUUAGGGUGUGCAUCUGAACAGGUAGCACAUUCAUGAAGGAAUCUGCAAUUAUUUAGCCACUUACAUUGGGAUUCCUUAUAAGCCCAGCAAAAACCUUUUUUCUGUGUAGCACUUGUAAUGAUUUGUUUAUUAACAUAAGUUGGCUGCCUCUGAGGUAACAUCAUGCUCACCCAAAGUCCGACAUGCUUCAUACCCCAUUUAAGAUUAGUAUGAAUCGCUAGUUUCUGUCUGAAUUGUUUGUCAUAAUAAAACCAUGAAAAAACUUUUUUAUAUGCUUCCAAUAUAGCUUCUGUGUGUUGAAAAACACCACAGCACAAUAUUUUUCACCUAUCGCUAAAAUAAAUGCAAAAAGAUUGCAGCCAGUUAUUGAAUGACCUAGGAAUAAACGUCUUCCUUUCAUCGUCCCCUUUUUCCCUAUCCAGUUUAGUUUAGGUCCCCCCAUUAUUUAUUUAGGGUCCCCUUAAAUGAAAACCCAAAGGAGAGCUUUCACAGCCUAAAGCUUCUUUCAUGCAUGUCUCUUUAACUCUAACUUCUUCCCUCACAGAAUGUGUCACUUUCGGAUUAACUGCGACCACUUCUGUCCCCGGCUCCCAUACUCUCGCCAGUUUAGGUGUCUGCAAUAAUUUAGUACGUUUUUAAAGUGAAGACACCACUUCGCCGAAAACAGCGUUAUUCACAGUUGUUUGUAACUCACCCAACUCAUGACUGAGACCCGAGAUAUCCUGAGCCGCUCCGCUUUCUUCCAAUAGCCUAGGUCAGUCCCCAGCCUGUUUAUUCUUCUCCUUUUGUUCAUAUUUUCUGCUCUGUUUCCACAUCCUCUUGUUGAUCUUUAUUGGAGACGGUGAGAAAGUUUCCCUGGACCUUCUUGUUCUCGCCUCAUAAAUUCUGCAGUGGUUGCUCUCACCAGAUUUUUCCAUUUGGACUGGCCCUUUAAUUGUCAGUGGAUAAUAUCCUGCUCCCCCCUCCAUUACUAACUCCCUCUUCUUCCACUUUAAUCAGACCAGAAGUACCAGGGACGGACUCCAAACAUGCUUACAGCCAUUCAGUAUCACCACAGCCUAAAGCCUUCUGUUUACGCUGUUCCAAAAAAGCCUCAACUGUGCCAGACAUCUCCACAGGUAAACAGCAGCAGCUCAAAUAUUUAACAGCCAACCUUUGGAUUUGUCUGGCACAAGCUGAGGUAAAUAAUUUUGGUGCCUUUAAAUUUAUUCUCCCGAAUUUCCCAACACUGUGAACCAGGCCCGGACUGGCCAUUGGGCACACCGGGCAAAUGCCGGGUGUGCCGCAGUGGCCAUGGGCCGAGGCCGGCAGGGAGAUCACAGGAUCUCCCCUGCAGGUCUUUGCAGGGCCGGCACUAUCCGAGCGCCGGCCCUGCAGUAGUCCACGGCAGGCUGGUGAGGCCUCACCAGCCCACGUAGAGUAUAUUCCGGCCACCGGUGGGGAGAGGAUGAGGGAGCCAGGAGAGGAACCCAGCAGAGCUGUAAUUUGCAGCUCCGCCGGUUUCCUCUCGCGAGAUUUGUUGCCAUGGCAAUGCUCCGGGUCUUGCGAGAGUGAACUCUAGCCUCACAGGCUAGAGUUCACUCACCACUAAGACCACCAGGGAUGGAUUGCGGUCAGGGCCGGACUGGGAGAAAAAUUCGGCCCGGGCAUUUUUUUAACACAGCGGCCCACUAAAAAGGGGGCGGGGCAGAGGAGGUGUGUUUUGUCAUCACCAAUGACAAACACGCCUCCUCUCAAAGUGAGCAUGUUGGUUCAAUGCUCUUCCAGGGCAGACCAUGCGCAGAGCUCUACUGAAGAGCUCUAGCAUGAGAAAAAAGUCCUGUAUUUGUUCUGCACAGUGCAAACAAAUUUAAUAACAUGCUUGCACUGUGUUUCCUUGCAACUUGUCUCUGGUGUCUAUAAAUGGAUACCAGGAGAUAAAAGGCCAGGAAAGAGUAUUGUGCAUGUAUUUGGAGCCUGCUUGUGGUAUUGCGUGUGUGUAGAGUGAGCUGGUCGUGGUGUGGUAUUGUGUAAUAAGGUCAGUUUUAGUCGUGUUGUGUUUGUGGUGUAAUGUGAUGCAUAUGUGGCUAUGGGCUGUAGAGAAUGUGUGUAUUGGGGAUAUAGCAAGUGUGUGCAUACAGGCUAUAGUGUGUGUGUGUUUAGGGGUGUAGUAUGUGUUUGCUUACAAGGAAUCUAGUGUGUGUAUAGGGGAUCCAGAGUGUGUAUGUUAAAGGACCACUAUAGUGCCAGGAAAACAUACUCGUUUUCCUGGCACUAUAGUGCCCUGAGGGUGCCCCCACCCUCAGGGACCCCCUCCCGCCCGGCUCUGGAAAGGGGUUAAACUUACCUUUUUUCCAGCGCCGGGCGGGGAGCUCUCCUCCUCCGAUCCGCCCCGUCGGCUGAAUGCGCACGCGCGGCAAGAGCUGCGCGCGCAUUCAGCCGUUCACAUAGGAAAGCAUUUAUAAUGCUUUCUUAUGGACGCUUGCGUGCUCUCACUGUGAUUUUCAUAGUGAAAAGCACGCAAGCACCUCUAGCGGCUGUCAAUGAGACAGCUGCUAGAGGCUUUGGGGGAAGGCUUAACCUAUUGAUAAACAUAGCAGUUUCUCUGAAACUGCUAUGUUUAUAAAACAAUGGGUUAACCCUAGAAGGACCUGGCACCAAGACCACUUCAUUAAGCUGAAGUGGUCUGGGUGGCUAAUGUGGUCCUUUAAGAGUGUAGUGUGUGUGUGUGUGUGUGUAGAUAUAUAUAUAUAUAUUUGGAAGUAUUGUGUAUGUGUGUGGUGCAGUGUGUUGGGGGGGUUCUGUGUGUAUGUGAGAGGUGCGGUGUGUGAGAGUGCCGUGUGUGAGUGAUGGGUGUGAGAGUGCUGUGUGUCAGUGAUGGAUGUGAGAGUGCUGUGUGAGAGUGCUGUGUGUCAGUGAUGGAUGUGAGAGUGCUGUGUGAGAGUGUGCUGUGUGAGAGAGUGCUCUGAGAGUGCUGUGUGUGUGUGAGUGCUCUGUGAGAGUGCUGUGAGUGUGAUGGGUGUGAGAGUGCUGUGUGAGAGAGUGCUGUGUGUUAUGGGUGUGAGAGUGCUGUGUGAGAGAGUGCUGUGUGUGAUGGGUGUGAGAGAGUGCUGUAUAAAUGUUAUUGUGUGUGUGUAAGGGGGGGGGGGUAAAUAAAAAAACAGACACUAUGUCCCCCCCCCUCCCUUCUUACCUUUAGCCUGGGAGGGGGGGUCCGGCACGCUGGAAGGCAGGGUGGUGGGGUUCCCUGGUGGUCCUCGUGGGUGAGUGAACUCUAGCCCGUGAGGCUAGAGUUCACUCUCGCGAGAUCCGGUCGUUGCCAUGGCAACGCGCCGGAUCUCGCGAGAGGAACCCGGCGGAGCUGCAAAUUAGAGUUCCGCCGGGUCCUCUCUCCAGGCUGGCUGGCUCCCUCCCUCUCCCCGCCGGCGGCCGCAUGUGGGCAGGUGAGGGAGAUCUUUGAUCUCCCUACCGGCCCGUUGUGGCAAACAGCGGGGCCGGCGCUAGGAGAGUGCCGGCCCUGCAAAGACCGGCAGGGAAGAUCCUGGGACCUCCCCUGCCGGCCUCAGCCCCACGGACACCGCGGCCCACCGGGCAUUUGCCCGGUGUGCCCUAUGGCCAGUCCGGGCCUGAUUGCGGUAGCAGCAGGAUCCCCCCUCACAGGCAUAAGGUAAGCAGGGAGGGGGAAAAUAAUCACCCAAGUCACAUCAGCCUCGCAAACACCCCUAACACUCACAGCACCCUCACUCACACACACUGCACCCCUGUCACUCACAGCACCCUCACUCACACACACUGUACCCCUGUCACUCACAGCACCCUCACUCACACACUGCACCCCUGUCACUCACAGCACCCUCACACAUACAAACACUGCACCCCUGUCACUCACAGCACCCUCACUCACACACACUGCACCCCUGUCACUCACAGCAGCCUCACACAUACAAACACUGCACCCGUCACUCACAGCACCCUCACUCACACACUGCAUCCUCACUCACACACUCACACACACUGCACCCCUGUCACUCACAGCACCCUCACUCACACACACUGCACCCCUGACACUCACAGCACCCUCACUCACACACACUCUCACACACUGCACCCCUGUCACUCACAGCCCCCCCACUCACACACUCACACACACUGCACACACUCACAGCACCCUCACACAUACACACACUGCACCCCUGUCACUCGCAGCACCCUCACUCACACACUCACACACACUGCACUCCUGACACUCACAGCACCCUCACACAUACACACACUACACCCCUGUCACUCACAGCACCCUCACUCACACACUCACACACACUGCACCCCUGACACUCACAGCACCCUCACUCACACACACUGCACCCCUGACAUGCACAGCACACACACACUGCACCCCUAACACUUACAGCACCCUCACACACACACACAUACUGCACUCCUGACACACACAGCUUCCUCACACGCACAUAGCACCCUCACGCAAACACAGCACCCAAUCACACACAGCACACACACACAGCACCCUUACCCACAUAGCACCCUCACGCAAACACAGCACCCAUCACUCACACACUACACACCUCACACACACACUGCACCCCUUUCACACACACACUACACCCCUUACACACACACACAGAGCACCCUCACAAACACUGCGCAAUAUGCUUUCCUGGCAUUUUUGUCUCCUGGUAUCCCACCUAUGGAGACACCAGAGAAAAAUUUCAAGCAAACACAGUGCAAGCAUGUUAUUGAAUUUGCUUGCGCUGUGCAGAACAAAUACAGGGUCUUUUUCUCAUGCCAGAGCUCUUCAGCCGAGCUCUGCACAUGGUCUACCCUGGAAGAGCAUUGAACCAACAUGCUCACUUUAAGAUGGGGCGUGCUUGUCAUUGGUGAUGACAAAACACACCCUAUCUGGCCCCGCCCCCUUUGUAGUGGGCCGCUGUAAUUAAAAAAUGCCCGGGCCGAAUUUUCUUCCCAGUCCGGCCCUGACUCCAGUCACCAUAACCACUUUAAUGGGAUGAAGCAGUUACAGUUUAUAUAAUAGUUACAUAGGCUGAAAAGAGACGUGUCCAUCAAGUUCAGCCUUCCUCACAUUUGUUUUUUGAUGUUGAUCCAAAAGAAGGCAAAAGAACUAAUUCGAAGCACUUCCAAUUUUGCAACAAACUAGGAACAAAAAUCCUUCUUGACUCCAGAAUGGCAGUCAGAUUAAUCCUUGGACCAAGACGCUAUUACCCUACAUUAUGCAUGUGCAUGGGGAACAUUUUUGGUUCGGUUCGGCAUUCCGCUAUUCGGGACUUCAACACUUCGGAACUUCGCCACUUUGGCCACUUCCGCAUUUCGGGACUUCUCUAAUAGGCGCUUAGUAGAUAACUCCCUAAUUCCCACGGUAUUAGGGAGUUAUCUACUAAAAGGCUGAAAAACCUAAAUUGGUCUUUCGGACAAAUUUACUAAUACUAAGUAAAAAUUAGGGGCAUGUCUAUUAAACAGUGAGCAGCCUGUUACUUAAUCCACCAAUCAGAGAGUUAUGAGUCAAAUUACACAGUGUGGGAAAAUUCCAAAGAACUUUCCCAUACUGUGUAAAAUGACACAGAGCACUCUGAUUGGUGGAUUUCAAGCCAACCAAUCAGAGUGCUGUGACAGGUAAAUGUAGAGACUUACCUGUCAGUCCCUUCAUUUACCUGUCAGAGCACUCUGAUUGGAUGGCUUAAACCCAGCAAUCAGAGUGCUCUGGGCCUAAUUGCAGGGCAGGGAAAGGCUUUAUAAGCCUUCCCCCGCCCUCCAGAGCUCAGUCUGCGCGGAGCCCUCGCCGGGUGAAGAUGGAUUUUUUUUUUUUGCACUUGUUUUUUUUUCUUAAGUGCAUCGGUUAUUAUGGAUUUUUUAUUUGGCCUUUUUUGGGGCUGAAAAAAAAGAUUUUAGAAAAAGGAAAACAUUGAAUGGUAAAUUUUUUUUUUUUUUACAGGUACUUAGUUAAAGCCCCCCCCCCCUCAUUAUUUUUAGGGUGAGGGGGGAAGGUAGGGGGAUAAUUUUUUUGGGGGGGAUGAGGGGGUGACUAGGAGUUUGGGGACCCCUAGUCACCUGGGGGGGGUAACAUUUUUAUUUAGGGUCCCCACCCGCCGCUCAGGGGUGGGGGCCAAGGGGGAGGACAUUAGGUCCCCCACCUUAUUUGUAUUUAGGGCCCCCACCCACAGCUCAGGGGUGGGCGCCAGUGGGAGGACAUUAGGUCCUCCUCCUUAUUAGUAUUUAGGGCCCCCACCCACCGCUCAGGGGUGGGGGCCCAGGGGGAGGACAUUAGGUCCCACCCUUAUUAGUAUUUAGGGCCCCCACCCACCACUCAGAGGUGGGGGCCAGGGGAGAGGACAUUAGGUCCCCCCCACUUAUUUUACUGUAGGGCCCCCACCCACUGCUCAGGGGUGGGGGCCAGGGGGGAGGACAUUAGGUCCCCCCCCUUAUUAGUAUUUAGGGCCCCACCCAUCGCUCAGGGGUGGGGGUCAGGGGGGAGGACAUUAGGUCCCCCCCUUAUUUUACUGUAAGGCCCCCACCCGCCGUUCAGGGGUGGGGGCUGGGGGGGGCAAUAAGUCCCCCCUUCAGGUUAGAAGCCCCCACUCGCGCAGCCUAUGGCUGCUCACUUUUUAAUAGACAUGCCCCUACUCGCAGUAUAGCGAGUAGGGGCAUAAUUUACUAAUACUAAAUAAUCUUUACUUAGUAUUAGUAAAUUUGGCUGAAAGACCAAUUUAGGUCUUUCAGCCUUUUAGUAGAUAGCUCCCUAAUACUGUGGGAAUUAGGAGUUAUCUACUUAUUCAUUCCUGUCAUUACACUGACUGGCUAAGUAACUUACAUUGUAUAUGAAUGCAUGUUACUUGAUUGUUGUAAGUGUUGCAAAUGCUUACAGCUGAAUCCUGGCUAUGUUUGUAUACUUUUUAUUUAAAAUUGUAUACAGUGUAACAUUCUUCAUUCUUCCACUGGGUAAGUAUAUUAGUUCUUAGGCAAUACUGUGCUUCGGCAACUUCGGAACUUCAGCACUUCAGAACUUCGGCAACUUCGGCACUUCAGCACUUCGGAACUUCGGCAAUUCGACACUUCAGAAAUUCUGUAAUUUCAGAAUUUUGGGAAUUCGGCAAUUUAUCUAUUCGGACCGAAACGAAUUGCACAUGUCUACCCUACAUUGAAAAAUGAUAUAAUUGAAUAUUCUGUUUUUGUAAGUAUCCAUUUAGUAGCUGUUUAAACAUCUGUAUGGACUCUGAUAAAACCACUUCUUCAGGCAGAGAAUUCCAUAUCCUUAUUGUUCUUAUGGUAAAAAAAAAUGUUCCCUUGCCUUACACGAAAUCUUCUUUCUUCCAGUCUAAACGCAUGACCUCGUGUCCUAUGUAAAGUCCGGCUUGUGAAUAGAUUUCCACACAAUCGUUUGUAUUGGCCCCGAAUAUAUUUCUAUAAUGUUAUUGUAAAGGAUCCUUGCAUUCGUGCAGCGAUUAUCCUUGCAGCUUCUCCUGAAAUCCAACUGAAACGAAGUGAUUAUAACUCCCAAUCCCCCAAACAUGAGUCGAGACUUCAUGAAGGGGUAAAACGAUCUGAUUUACUGUGGGCUACCCGCCCGGUAUUUAUGCAGGUCUCCCACCUGGUGGACACUACCCUAGGGGACCAGAUGGAAGACUGGGACAAAAGUAACACAGUAGCCAAUCACAGUGGCUAUAGCAUAAGCACUCCCCUUUUACAUAAAUCACUCCCUCUUUUCCAUCCUGGAGAUAAUUAACUUAAGGUAGCAAAGAGAGCCUUAAUUAUCUCCAGGAAGAAAGAAACAUGGCUUUUCUUAUUUAGCAAAACAGAAUAAAAAUAUAUAACUUUCUUUUUACACAACAUAAACUUUAAUUUCCACAUAUCCCCAGAUAGCUUGGAUCUGAGGGCAUAUUCUAGGCGAAUAGCGCUCAGAUCCCACGAACACAGUUCUCAGAAUCGUUGACUGAAGUUUGACUUUCACCAGCCGUUCGUGUGUUUGCAGCCGACUGCAGGUUCCAUACUAUAGCUAUCUGGGGUCGGUCACUUUCGCAUACUUUCAGCGCACAAAUGAAGUAGUACCCCUUCAUUCGUGUGUUUUUCCACCGUAUCAACGAGGAUGGGCGAAGGUAGCAGCGGUGUUCGACAAAAUAGGUAGCCAAAAUCAGUUCCAGGGAAUCCUCACCAUUUACCGCUGUGCGUUCGACAAUACAAAAUGGCGAUUGCCACGUGUUCGGUAGAUGAACGCGGACCACCAGCUAUUCCCCAAUUAGUCUGUGGUUAACCGCAACAGUCAGGGUGGUCAAUAGGCGCCACUCGACCUCAGUGGGAGGUCGGUGGUUCGGUAGUUCAUUCGCAUUUAUUGUUAUUUCCACGAAAUCCCGCUGUAAUCCUCCAAAUAACCGAACAGGCUUGUUCGUAUAGUCUGUAAAUAGGGGAUUUCGUUACACAGCUCCCCCUUAGUCCCAUGGAACGGCAUACCUGCUUAGAUCCUAGCGGGUCGGCUAAGGGAUGUCCGGUAGCACAGGAGAAACAAACAAAAAUAUCUACUUUUCCAGUUCAGUUUGCCGGGACAGGCCAUCGGCAUUGGCAUUCUGCUUCCCGGGGCGAUACUGCAUUGUAAAAUUAUAGGGUUGCAGUGCCAAGCUCCAUCGGAGUAGUCUGGGGUUAUCGCCAGCUACUCUGUUAAGCCAAAUUAAAGGGUUGUGGUCAGUCAGCACUGUGAAAGAGCGUCCAUACAAGUAGGGUUGUAGUUUUUUAAGUGCCCAGACUAAUGCCAGACACUCUUUCUCCACAGUGGCAUAGCUGACUUCGCGGGGUAAUAGUUUUCGGCUCAGAUACGCCACCGGGUGAUCCAUGCCAUCGUCUCCCACCUGGCUCAAUACUGCUCCCAGUCCAAACAUUGAGGCAUCUGUGUGGACGAGAAACCUUUUAGUAUAAUCAGGUGCCGCUAACACAGGAGAUGCACUUAACGCAGCCUUGAGUUUCUGGAACGCCUCCUCACACUCAGUGGACCAGACUACUUGUCGGGGUAGGGACUUUUUGGUGAGGUCUGUCAAGGACUUGGCAAGGGCACUGUAUUCCGCUACAAAUUUCCUGUAAUAACCUGCGGUGCCCAAGAACGCCAUGACCUGGGUUUUCGUCCGGGGUUGAGGCCACUGGGUGAUAUACCCUGGGGCUGCUGAAAACAUGGCCCCAAAUUCCUUUAACAGUUGGGAAGCCUGAGCUUGUUCCUCGGAACCUAAUUCUGGACCAACUGUACCUGGUCUACUCCUGUGGGUUCCUGGGUAAGCAUAUCUGGUAAAGGGAUACCCUCACUAUCUUCAUAUGCUGGAGCACAUACCGCGGAGACCUCCUCUGGUCUCUCAAGAUAUGGCUUGAGCAUGUUUACAUGGAAGGACCGCCGGAUCCUUUCAUCGGAACAGUCUGCCACAAUGUACGUGGUAUCACUGAUCCGCUCUAUUACAGUGUAGGGGCCCUGCCAGGAUGCUUGUAACUUAUCUGUUUUGAUAGGUUUAAGCACUAGGACCUUUUGUCCCACUUCUAAUAUACGGUCUCUAGCUCCCUUGUCAUACCAGUACUUCUACCUUUGUUGGGCGGCUUGCAGGUUCUCCCGAACUGUUUCGGUCAGAGCCUGUAGCCGGUCCCUCAGCUCUAGUACAAAGGAGACUAUAGGGGUACCUGCUUGUUCCAUAUCACCUUCCCAAUGUUCCCGUACUAGAUCCAGGGGUCCCCGGACCCGUCUCCCGUAUAAUAGCUCGAACGGGGUGAAUCCGGUGGACUCCUGGGGAACUUCCCUAUAGGCAAAGAGCAAAUGAGGGAGGAAUCUUUCCCAAUUCCUACAGGUCUCUGUGAACGUGAUGAGCAUUUGCUUAAGGGUGCCGUUAAAACGUUCACAGAGGCCAUUGGUUUGGGGGUGAUAGGGAGAACUUAAUAUGGGUUUUACCCCACAGCUCUGCCAGAGCUGUUGGGUAACCACCGCAGUGAAUUGGGUUCCCUGAUCUGACACUAUCUCCCUAGGGAAUCCCACCCUAGUGAAUACCUGAACUAGUGCUUCUGCUACCGUCUCUGCAUGUAUAUUUGUAUAGCGGGUAGCGUAGUCCACCACAGUAAGAAUGUAUUUCUUACCGGAUGGACUGGGUUUACUGAGUGGCCCGACUAAAUCAACUGCCACUCGGAAAAAUGGUUCCUCAAUAAUGGGAAGGGGACGUAGUUUUGCCCUGGGGUGAUCCCCUCUCUUCCCUACCUUUUGGCAUAUUUCGCAGGUCCUACAAUAAUCCUGCAAAUCUCUAGUGACCCCUGGCCAGAAAAAGGACUGGGUGAGUCUGUCUCUUGUCUUUUUAAUGCCCAAGUGACCUGCUAGGGGAAUAUCGUGGCUAAUCCGUAACAGUUCUACUCGAUACUUACAGGGCACUAUUAACUGUCUUUUUUCUCCUGUCCCUGUCCCCCCAAACACUCGGUACAGUAAACCCUUUUCCCAGCUAAACCUUGCCUGAUCUCUGUCUCCCUGGGGUUGUUCUGAGGGGUACCUCAGUAAGAAGUAUGGUCAGGGGGAAUCGUCAGAGGGUUAUCGCUUACCUGGUCAUGGGUUGAGGGGGAGGCUUCCAUAGCUCUGGAUUGCUGCUGGGUGGUAAAAGGUAGUGCUCCUUCGGAACUGCAGGCUGCCAAUUGGGACGUCAGGCAUCCUAGAUCAUUCCCCAGCAAUACUUCCGCGGGCAAAUCUGGCAUGAUGCCCACUUCUACGACCUUGGCCCCUGUACCCCAAUCAAUGUGAAACCGGGCGGUUGGUAGUUUAUGAAUUGCCCCUCCGGCCACCCUUACAGCAAUGGUGCGUCCUGUGUGCUGGGUCGGGGUGACCCGGUGUGGCUGGACCAAGGUAAUAGUGGCCCCGCUGUCUCUCAGUCCCCGAGCCUCUUGUCCAUUUAGUUUUACUGACUGGCGGUGGUGCGCUCUGUUAUCCCCAGCCGCCUGUAAAGGGUUCACCUCAUGUAAGGUGGCCCAAUUCUCACUGUGGUUACUGGGUGUCUCUUGAGUCAGAGAGUUGUAAUCCUCUUGCACACAGUGUGCGGCUGCUUUGGUCGGUGGUACCGGUGCCCGCCCCCAGCGAUCUGUAGUGCGUUGUGGGCAGUUAGGUUUGAUGUGCCCCACUUGCUUGCACCCAUAACACAUUGGAGCGGUCUUUUGGUACCCCGGGGUUGUGGUAUUGCCCCCCGGUGGUGGUACCCUCUGUGGCGUAGUUGGCGGGCCAGAUGCAGGCCGCUGGCCCUGGACCCCUUGGUUUCCAUCCAUCCGCCUGCUCUCAUGAAAUUCGUCUGCCAGCCUUGCUGCCUCCUCCACCGUUUUUGGCUUUCUGUCUCUGACCCAGUCUCUCACCUCCGCUGGAGUAUAAUCAAAAAAUUGCUCCAGUAACAACAAUUGCACAGCAACCUCUAGGGUAGUUGCCUGAUUCCCCUGCAUUCAAUUACUGUCAGCGCGUUGCAUACGAAAUGCCCACUCUGUAUAUGAAUCCUUGCCUUGUCUCCUGAGGGCCCGGAAUUUCCUUCUAUGGGCUUCAGGAGUUACAGCGUACCGAGCUAACAAAAUCUCUUUUAUCUUUUCAUAGUUUUGUAUAUCCCCAUCUGGCACAGCUCUCAACGCUUCGGCUGCUCUACCUGAUAGUUUACUACUUAAUACUGCAGCCCAGUUAGCUCUUUCCAAAUCUUCUAACACACAUUGUCUUUCAAAAUCUUGCAAGUAAUUAUCAAUAUCCAUCUCACCUUCCACGAAGCUUUUAAAUGCAGUGUAGUUGAUUUUCCGCUGACGCCCCAUUGUAGAUCCAGAUAGCGACAAUAUAUCCACAGGAGGUGAUCUGUCUCUGGCUUCUCGUGCUUCUCUGGCAUUCUGGGACUCUGUAGCUUGUGCCAAGAUCUGUACCAUGAUCUCUGGUGCAGGGUUAGGUCCUACCAGGCUGAGUCUCCAUCUCACAUCCCUCUAGAACUCUGUUUCCUCUGCAUUCGCCAUUUGUGGUUCGCCGGUUUGAUCGCUCUCCAGUAGUCCGGCUAUUAACGUGGCUUUCGGUUUGUUGCUUGCCACUAUGCCUCGAGCUUCCAGCAGUUCCUUCAAUGUAUUUCGUUUCAAGCGUUCGUAUCUAUGCGCCAUUCACCACUUGUUUCAAAUCGGUACGUCCGUUCGGGAGGAAAUCCCGCCGCUUGCCACCAGUGUAAAGGAUCCUUGCAUUCGUGCAACGAUUAUCCUUGCAGCUUCUCCUGAAAUCCAACUGAAACGAAGUGAUUAUAACUCCCAAACAUGAGUCGAGACUUCAUGAAGGGGUAAAACGAUCUGAUUUACUGUGGGCUACCUGCCGGUAUUUAUGCAGGUCUUCCACCUGGUGGACACUCCCCUAGGGGACCAGAUGGAAGACUGGGACAAAAGUAACACAGUAGCCAAUCACAGUGGCUAUAGCAUAAGCACUCCCCUUUUACAUAAAUCACUCCCUCUUUUCCAUCCUGGAGAUAAUUAACUUAAGGUAGCAAAGAGAGCCUUAAUUAUCUCCAGGAAGAAAGAAGCAUGGCUUUUCUUAUUUAGCAAAACAGAAUAAAAAUAUAUAACUUUCUUUUUACACAACAUAAACUUUAAGUUCCACAUAUCCCCAGGUAGCUUGGAUCUGAGGGCAUAUUCUAGGCGAAUAGCGCUCAGAUCCCACGAACACAGUUCUCAGAAUCGUUGACUGAAGUUUGACUUUCACCGGCCGUUCGUGUGUUUGCAGCCGACUGCAGGUUCCAUACUAUAGCUAUCUGGGGUCGGUCACUUUCGCAUACUUUCAGCGCACAAAUGAAGUAGUACCCCUUCAUUCGUGUGUUUUUCCACCGUAUCAACGAGGAUGGGCGAAGGUAGCAGCGGUGUUCGACAAAAUAGGUAGCCGAAAUCAGUUCCAGGGAAUCCUCACCAUUUACCGCUGUGCGUUCGACAAUACAAAAUGGCGAUUGCCACGUGUUCGGUAGAUGAACGCGGACCACCAGCUAUUCCCCAAUUAGUCUGUGGUUAACCGCAACAGUCAGGGUGGUCAAUAGGCGCCACACAACCUCAGUGGGAGGUCAGUGGUUCGGUAGUUCAUUCGCAUUUAUUGUUAUUUCCACGAAAUCCCGCUGUAAUCCUCCAAAUAACCGAACAGGCUUGUUCGUAUAGUCUGUAAAUAGGGGAUUUCGUUACAGUUAUCAUAUAACAUUUUUUUUUCUAAACUAAAUAGGUUUAAAUUUGUUAACCUUUCUUCAUAGCUAAAAUGUUCCAUUCCUUUUAUUAAUUUUGUAGCUCAUCUCUGCACUUUUUCUAGUGCCAUAAUAUCCUUCUUUAGAACAGUUGCCCAAAAUUGCACAGCAUAUUCAAUAUGUGGUCUUACCAGUGAUUUAUAAAGAGGCAAAAAGAUAUUCUCAUCCCGAGAAUGAAUGCCCUUUUUCAUGCAUGACCUCAUUGGCCUUAGCCACUGCUAAUUGACAUCAAGGGCCUACCUAGAGCAUUUGGCACCAGGGGCAGAUCCUGUGUGUGGCACCCCCCCUCCCCCCAAGUGUAAAAAAACACCCGUAACAUUUUUUUAUUUUUUUUUUAUAAUGUAUUGCACAAAUUUGUAAACAUUGUAAAACCCCUGUCUGCCCCUUCUACAAAACCCCUUUCCUGCCCCGCCCCUCCUACAAAGCCCCUAUCCUGCCUCCCUUCUACAAAACUCCUGCAUCCAACUUCCACAAAUCCCCUGCUCAGCGCCCAUUAUACAAGACCCCUGCCACCUUAUACAAAAUCCCUGCACACCCACACACACAGUUACUGGCAGACAGUCACACACACACACACACACACACACACACACACACUUACAGGCAGCAUCACACAAUCACAGGCAGACAGUCACACACACAUUUUCACAUGCAGAUAGUCACACAUACAGUCACAGGCAGUCACACACACAGUCACACACAGAAAGUUACAGGCAGUCAUACACAGUCACAGGCAGACUGUCACACACACACACACACACAUAGUCACAUGCAGACAAUCACAUUUACAGUCACAGGUAGACAGUCACAGGCAGUCAUGCACACAGUUACAGGCAGACUGUCACACACACACAGUUAUAGGCAGAUGGUCACACACACAGUUUCAGGCAGACAGUCACACACACACAUACACACACAGUGCUCAAGGACAACAAUCAGACACACACACAGUUACAGGCAGAUAGUCUCACACACACACACACACACACAUUUACAUGCAGACAGUCACAUACACACACACUUACAGGCAGACAGUCUCACACACAUAAACAGUUACAGGCAGAUGGUCAGAUACACACACACACAGUUACAGGGAGACAGUCACACACACACACACACAGAUUUUAGGGACGACAGUCAGUCACACACACAGUUACAGUCAAUCACACACACACACACACACUGUCUCUUUCUCUCUCUCUCUCUCUCUCUCACUUACUUACAGAGAGUAUGGGCUGGAGGAGGAGUGGGUUCUCUGAAGUCCCUCCCUGCAGUGGAGAAAUAAGGGUGGCGCGGUCCACCCGGGUGCCACUCACUAGGGGAUGCCCGGGGCAGACUGUGUCUGGCCUGACACUAGGAGGGGGCCCGGUGGCUUGCUCAAUAUGCCGUCGGGUGCGAUGCCCCUCCUGCGCCCAUUGCAGACACUGGUCUGCAGUUCUGCAGUGUGCAGAGCUGCAGACCAUGUGUCUCGCGAGAUCUGAGCAAUCAGAGCAUUGCCACGGCCCACGGGUACCAUGGCAACGAUCUGACUGGGACUCGCGAGAUUCAUGGUCUGCAGCUCUGCACACUGCCGAGCUGCAGACCGGAAAUUAUGGCCACUGGACCACCAGGGAGCCCACCGGACCACCAUUUCAGCUGUCAUCACAGUAAGGGGAUUAUUCACUAAUACGUGAAUUACAAAAUUUAGGCUAAAAUAGUCAAACUGUAUCAUUUUCCAGAUCAGCUUUUGCUACAGUCACUGUGUGCUGUAAAUAAUUCCCUGAGGGAGUUAGGUUUGCAAUUUGGGAGUGUAUUUAUAUAACAGGGUAGCAUUAUACCUCUCUGCAACCCUAAAUUAGUUUGUAUUCUUCAACCUGUGCACUACAACUCUCAUCACUCUCAGAUCGAAGGAACCUGGCUCUCCUCAUAAUGUGCAAAACUCCCCAAUAUUUUAAAUCACAGCCUGACAGUUCACUGUAAGGUUACCAGACCACCUUCCUUUCAUUAUAGCUCACGUUCACGUUCUUUCAUUGAUGUGCCUUUACACCGUCUUGUCUUACAUUUUGUUAAUUGGUCUAUUUUCUCCUCACUUGGGCCUUGGCACAUGGAGCAAUUUGCUUUACAUCCUUCUGUCGGCCUUUUAAUGUUUACAAUCUGUUAGAUAUUCCCAUAGUAAUCUAGGUUGAAAACAGAGUUCGAAAUCAUUAAGUUCACUCCUUCAGACAUCUGUUAAUUCUGUUGAUCUAAAAGAAGGCACGAGCCAAAUUUGAAGCAAUUUCUAAUUAAGUCGCAAAAAGGGGGGGAAAUUGUCUUUGACCAAUAUUCAGCCAUCUUCAGAACAGUUCAAGAAAAAAAUAUAAUGUACUUGUUAAAUUAUGAGAAAAAAAUCAAAUGUAAAGAUAUUUUCCUUUUUAAUAUGUGCUUUAUUUGGGUUAUUUCUUCUGAUUAGAUUUUUGGUGCUAAAUAAAUUUUUUAAAGAUUUUUUUAGAUUUUAAAGUAUAUUCAAUACUAUUUCGCUUUUCUCUAAUGCUCACUAAUCACUGGCUGCAUUAAUAGGUGAUUGUUGUAAACUCACGAAUUGACAGGCACUUGUAAUGCCAUGUUUUCAUGCUCGCUGCUUGUCAAGUGACUGAUUAUUACAUGAUCGUUGCUCAUCUGAUGAUUGUUCCCUGCUUGCCUGUCUGGUGACGGCUUGUUCCAUGCUUGCCUGUCUGGUGAAGGCUUGUUCCAUGCUUGCUCACCUGGUGACGGGUUGUUCUAUGCUUGCUCACCUGGUGACGUGUUGUUCUAUGCAUGCACGCUUCGCAAUGGGUUGUUCUAUUCCAUGCUUGCCUGCCUAGUGACGGGUUGUUCCAUGCUUGCUUGCCUGGCGACAGGUUGUUCCAUGCUUGCCUGGUGACGGGUUGUUCCAUGCUUGCUUGCCUCGUGACGGGAUAUUCGAUUCUUGUUCCCCUGGUGAUGGGUUGUUCUAUACAUUCUCUCCUAGUGACAGGUUGCUCAAUGCUUGCCUGUCUAGUGACUGGUUGCUCCAUGCUUUCUUGUCUGGUGACGGGUUGUCCCGUGCUUGCCUGUCUGGUGACGGGUUGUUCCAUGCUUGCCUGUCUGGUGAUGGGUUGUUCCAUGCUUGCCUGAUGACGGGUUGUUCCACGCUUGCCUGUCUGGUGACGGAUUGUUCCAUACAUGCUCUCCUAGUGACAGAUUGUUCCAUGCUUAACUGUCUGAUGACAGGUUGUUCCCUGCUUGCCUGUCUGGUGACGGGUUGCUCCAUGCUUGCCUGUCUAGUGACAGGUUGUUCCAUGCUCGCCCAGCGACAGGUGUUCCAUGCUUGCUGUCUGGUGACGGGUUGUUCCAUGCUUGCCUGUCUAGUGACAGGUUGUUCCCUGCUUGCCUGUCUGGUGACGGGUUGUUCCAUGCUUGCUUUUCUGGUGAUGGGUUGUUCCAUGCUUGUCUGGUGACGGGUUGUUCAAUGCUUUCUUGUCUGGUGAUGGGUUGUCCCGUGCUUGCCUGUCUGGUGACGGGUUGUUUCAUGCUUGCCUGUCUGGUGAUGGGUUGUUCCAUACAUGCUCUCCUAGUGACAGGUUGUUCCAUACAUGCUCUCCUAGUGACAGGUUAUUCCAUACAUGCUCUCCUAGUGACAGGUUGUUCCAUGCUUGCCUGUCUGGUGAUGGGUUGUUCCAUGCUUGCCUGCCUGGUGACGGGUUAUUGUUCCAUGUUUGCCUGUCUGGUGACGGGUUGUUCCAUGCUUGUCUGGUGACGGGUUGUUCCAUGCCGCUCGUCUGGUGACUGGUUGUUCCAUGCUUGCUCGUUGCGACGGGUUGUUCCAUGCUUGCCUGGUGACGGGUUGUUCCAUGCUUGCCUGUCUGGUGACGGGUUGUUCCAUGCUUGCUUGUCUGGUGACGGGUUGUUCCAUGCUUGCCUGUCUGGUAACGGGUUGUUCCAUGCUUGCUUGUCUGGUGACAGGUUGUUCCAUGCUUGCUUGUCUGGUGACGGGUUGUUCCAUGCUUGCUUGCCUGGUGACGAGUUGCUCCAUGCUUGCCUGUCUGAUGACGGGUUGUUCCAUACAUGCUCUCCUAGUGACAGGUUGUUCCGUGCUUGCCUGUCUAGUGACGGAUUGUUCCAUGCUUGCCUGCCUGGUGACGGGUUGUUCCACGCUUGCCUGUCUGAUGACGGGUUGUUCCAUACAUGCUCUCCUAGUGACAGGUUGUUCCAUGCUUGCCUGCCUGGUGACAGGUUGUUCCACGCUUGCCUGUCUGAUGACGGGUUGUUCCAUACAUGCUCUCCUAGUGACAGGAAGUUCCAUGCUUGCCUGUCUAGUGACGGGUUAUUCCAUGCUUGCCUGUCUAGUGAUGGGUUGUUCCGUGCUUGCCUGUCUGGUGACAGGUUGUUCCAUGCUUGCUUGUCUGGUGACGGGUUGUUCCAUGCUUGCUUGCCUGGUGACGGGUUGUUCCAUGCUUGCUUGCCUGGUGACGGGUUGUUCCAUGCUUUCCUGUCUGGUGACGGGUUGUUCCAUACUUGCCUGUCUGGUGACGGGUUAUUCCAUGCUUGCCUGUCUGGUGACAGGUUGUUUCAUGUUUGCUUGCCUGGUGACGGGUUGUUCCAUGCUUUCCUGUCUGGUGACAGGUUAUUCCAUGCUUGCCUGUCUGGUGACGGGUUGUUCCAUGCUUGCUUGCCUGUCUGGUGAUGGGUUGCUCCAUGCUUGCCUGUCUGGUGACUGGUUGUUCCAUGCUUGCCUGUCUGGUGACUGGUUGUUCCGUGCUUUCCUGUCUGGUGAUGGGUUGUUCCUGGAGAUCUGGAGCCGCACAAGUCUGGAGCCGAACAAGUCUGGAGCCCGCACAGAUCUGGAGCCGGACAAGUCUGGAGCCUGCACAGAUCUGGAACCGCACAAGUUUGGAGCUCACACAGAUCUGGAGCCGCACAAGUCUGGAGCUUGCACAGAUCUGGAGCUCGCACAGAUCUGGAGCCGCACAAGUCUGGAGCCGCACAUGUCUGAAACCCGCACAAGUCUGGAGCUCACACAGAUCUGGAGCCGCACAAAUCUGCGCUAAUUGGUUUGUUCCUGACCUGUUCCACAUAAGUGAUGAACUCUUGUCUGGUACAGGAUAAUAGGGGGCCAUAUAUGUGAAAUUGGUGGGGCGGAGGGCACAAUAGUUGUUGUUGUUAUAAUAGUUCUACAUUUAGGAACAUUCCUAAUUUAUUGGCAAUAUCAUUUCCCAACUUGUUUUUGUAAUGGAGAGUAGAACCCGUCCAUCUUCGCGUUGAGCUGUAAUGGUGAAAACAGAACGUGUCUGUGCCCUCUCUGUGUUUAAUCAUUUCUGCUCCUCACUGAAUUAUUUGUGGCCCCUGCAGGGGAUAUUCUCUCGGUCUCACAAAGACCACCUCAAUCCGUGCCGGCCUGCGUGCCUUAAUUAUACCGUUCCCAUGACAACAUUGAUCCCUGUAGCUUACAUCUUAGAGCACAAAAGUGAACAAGCAAGUGGAUUUAACACACACCAAAAUGGUGAUAAACCCAGGUUAUGGCGUGUCUGUGUGUAUAAUGUUCGUCUGUUUGCAUAGGGUAUGGUGUGUCUGUGUUAUGAUGUUUACGUGUCUGCAUGCAAUAUGCAUGACGUGUCUCUGCACAUUAGCUGACUUGUUUUCAGGCAGAGCGUGUGUUCUAGUUGUCAUGGUUACGAUUCUGUGUGACUUAGAUAUGACUACAAAAACAGCUGCCGAGCAAUGACAUGCUACCAUGCACAGCGAUAUUUAUGUGCAGAGCAAUGUCAUGCUACUGUGCAGAGAGAUGUUACUGUGCAGAGUUAUAUUACUGUGCAGAGCUAUACUACUGUGCAGAGCGAUGUUAUUGUGCAGAAUGAUAUGACUGUGCAGAGCUAUGUUACUGUGCAGAGCGAUGUUACUGUGCAGAGCAAUGUUACUCUGCAGAGUGAUGUUACUGUGCAAAGCUAUAUUACUGUGCAGAGCGAUAUUACUAUGCAGAGCUAUAUUACUGUGCAGAGCGAUGUUACUGUGCAGAGCUAUAUUACUGUGCAGAGCGAUGUUACUGUGCAGAGCAAUGUCAUGCUACUGUGCAGAGCGAUGUUAUUGUGCAGAGUUAUAUUACUGUGCAGAGCGAUGUUACUGUGCAGAGCGUUGUUAUUGUGCAGAAUGAUAUGACUGUGCGGAGCGAUCUUACUGUGCAGAGUUAUAUGACUGUGCAGAGCGAUGUUACUGUGCAGAGCGAUGUUACUGUGCAAAGCUAUAUUACUGUGCAGAGCGAUGUUACUGUGCAGAGCUAUAUUACUGUGCAGAGCGAUGUUACUGUGCAAAGCUAUAUUACUGUGCAGAGCGAUGUUACUGUGCAAAGCUAUAUUACUGUGCAGAGUGAUGUUACUGUGCAGAGCAAUGUUACUCUGCAGAGCGAUGUUACUGUGCAAAGCUAUAUUACUGUGCAGAGCGAUGUUACUGUGCAGAGCUAUAUUACUGUGCAGAGCGAUGUUACUGUGCAGAGCUAUAUUACUGUGCAGAGCGAUGUUACUGUGCAGAGCUAUAUUACUGUGCAGAGCGUUGUUACUGUGCAGAGCUAUGUUACUGUGCAGAGCUAUGUUACUGUGCAGAAUGAUAUUACUGUGCAGAGUGAUGUUACUGUGCAGAGCUAUAUUACUGUGCAGAGCGAUGUUACUGUGCAUAGCUAUAUUACUGUGCAGAGCGAUGUUACUGUGCAGAGCGUUGUUACUGUGCAGAGCUAUAUUACUAUGCAGAGCGAUGUUACUGUGCAGAAUAAUAUUACUGUGCAGAGUGAUGUUACUGUGCAGAGCUAUAUUACCGUGCAGACAUGCUGACACACUUGUAAAUGUAAAUUUUUAAACCCACCUUCCAGUUUCCUACCUUUUGCUGGAGGGUGGCUUCCCUAGGGUCCAACGUGGUGCCUGAGGCUGAUAGAAGUGAGGAGCCUCCAUACUCACUGCAGCCUCGUCCUCCCUUCCUUGCGACUCCUCCUGCCACCUUCCCUGCAGCUCCUCUCUUUAUGGGAGGAAGUGACUCAUGGAUGUCACUUCCUCCCAGCUGGCUGCCGAAAGCAAGAGGCCCGGCUCGGUGUUAAAGUACAUUGUCCACCUGGUGGGACUCAGAUGACGGAAAAAAAAAAGAAAUCGAUGAGGGCAGCAGGGCCCAUGGGGCAGCUGCCUUGGGCCCUCAAGGAGAAACUGGGCCCGGGGCAGCUGCCCCAUAUGCCCUGCGUUAAAGACGGCCCUGACACAUAGAUACACACACUGAGAUAAACACUCAGAUACACAUAUUGACACAAGGAUACGCACUGACAAAAACACUCAGAUACACACACUGGCACAAACAUUCAGAUACACACGCUGACACAUACACUCAGAUACACACACUGACAUAAACACUCAGAUACACACACUGGCACAAACAUUCAGAUACACACACUGACACACAGAUACGCAGAUUCACUUAGAUACACACACUGAAACACAGAUACACACACACAUAUACACACACUGACACAAACACUCAGAUACACACACUGACACACAGAUACACACACUGACACAAACACUCAGAUACACACACUGACACACAGAUACACACACUGACACAUUCACUCAGAUACACACACUAACACAAAGAUACACACACUGUCACACAGAUAUACACACUGACACAAUAUCAAAAGGAAAAAGAAAAGAAUAAGACCGUGAGGUCCUAAACAGGAGAAUGGUAAAUGAAAAGGAGUCCCUACCUUUAAUAGUCCUAAUGAUGGGAACAAUUUAAAAAGAGCUAAUCUUUACUUUCUUUUAUCGUUCACUUGGUAGCACAGCGUUAUGGAUUAUUUUUAUUUAAGAUAAUUUAUGUAUUCUAGCUAUCUGGACAGGCAGUGAGAGGUGUACAGGUAGGCUUCACAGUGCCGAGGUAUAUAGCUAUAGGAUGUGUUUCCUAUUAGUGGCUUUUGUCUGGACUUGUGUUUCUGGGAGUUUUUUCAUCCCUUUUCUCAGGAGGUAUCCAGAUAUAUCCCCUAAUUAGCCUAGCCGUGAUUUUCCUCUUAUUACCUGUUUUCUCUACUCUCUAUCUUCAAUGUGAAGUUACCUAGGCUUGCAUAGAGCUGGUUGGUAGUUAGGGUCUGGAUGUGCUUUGACACACCAUUUCCCUUUACCUUGGUCUCCCUUAUUUUCCUGUCCAUUUUAAAUUGUUCCCAUCAUUAGGACUAUUAAAGGUAGGGACUCCUUUUCAUUUACUAUUCUCCUGUUUAGGACCUCACGGUCUUAUUCUUUUCUUUUUCAUUUUGAUACUGUAUAUUGUGGGUUAUUCCCCGUUUGGGAAGAAUAGUCUAGGGCAUUUUAAACACUGAUCCAUGGGCCAAAUUAGUGACACACAGAUACACGCACUGACACAAACACACACACACUGACACAAACACUCAGAUACACACACUGACACACAGAUACACACACUGACACACAAAUACACACACUGACAGAAACAUUCAGAUACACACACUGACACAGUCACUCAGAUACACUGACACACAAAUACACACACUGACAGAAACAUUCAGAUACACACACUGACACAGUCACUCAGAUACACUGACACACAGAUACACACCGGUGAGCUCUUAAAUGGCUGGUACCCCAUCCCUAUUUAAUGGGUAUGAGGGAGGGGAUCACAAAUCACGUGUACUAUUCUGGUAAUCAACACACAAUCUGAUAUACAUUGUAUGUUAGAUAGUGUGUGAUUUCCAGGGUAUUAUAUAUGUUCUGCGGGUGUCAGGGAGCCGCAUACAAAAUGUGGGAGUCUCCCGGUAAAUGUUUGCACUAAGGUCCACCUAAGCCAGCCUGCUAGCCCAGUCAAGGCCCCUUUCCCCUAAGCUGCACUUUCUCCAUGGGGCUACAUUCACUCUUUGUGCCCCACCCUCCAAUGUAGAAAUGAGCCAUUUGUAUAACCCCUGGAGUGUCCCUUUAAUGAUAUAAAUCCACCCAGUAUAACUAACUGUAACCUAACCUCCACAGUGCAUCUAACGUGUGGGAGCCUGGCGUGUGCCUUUAAUAAUAUACACCCACCCAGUAUAACUGUAACCUAACCUACACAGUGCAUCUAAUGUGUGUGGGAGCCUGGAGUGUCCCUUUAUUAAUAUAAACCCACCCAGUAUAACUAACUGUAACCCAACCUACACAGUGCAUCUAGCGUGUGUGGGAGCCUGGAGUGUCCCUUUAAUAAUAUAAACCCACCCAGUAUAACUAACUGUAACCUAACCUACACAGUGCAUCUAACGUGUGUGGGAGCCUGGAGUGUCCCUGUAAUAAUAUAAACCCACCCAGUAUAAAUAACUGUAACCUAACCUACACAGUGCACCUAAUGUGUGUGGGAGCCUGGAGUGUCCCUUUAAUAAUAUAAACCCACCCAGUAUAACUAACUGUAACCUAACCUACACAGUGCAUCUAACGUGUGUGGGAGCCUGGAGUGUCCCUUUAAUAAUAUAAACCCACCCAGUAUAACUAACUGUAACCUAACCUACACAGUGCAUCUAACGUGUGUGGGAACCUGGAGUGUCCCUUUAAUAAUAUAAACCCACCCAGUAUAACUAACUGUAACCUAACUUACACAGUGCACCUAAUGUGUGUGGGAGCCUGGAGUAUCCCUUUAAUAAUAUAAACCCACCCAGUAUAACUAACUGUAACCUAACCUACACAGUGCAUCUAACGUGUGUGAGAGCCUGGAGUGUCCCUUUAAUAAUAUAAACCCACCCAGUAUAAAUAACUGGAACCUAACCUACACAGUGCAUCUAACGUGUGUGGGAGCCUGGAGUGUCCCUUUAAUAAUAUAAACCCACCCAAUAUAAUGCACAUCAACUAGUAUAUAUAUUGGUUAUAUCAUAGGUUAAAUUAAAAUUCCCAACUGAUUUCAAGGAUUGUAUGUUUACUUGGGUAAAGUGGCAAAUUCUAACAAGUUGGGAAAAUAGUGUUACACUUGGGUUUAAUUUCUAGAAGACGAUAGUUUUGGUGUUUUAUGGUAAGAGACAUUAUUUAUAAGGUAUUUCUGUGGUAUUUACUGGCUUGGAGGGGGUGAGUUUUCAGUGUCUGUUUUAUAGAAACAAGACUUAUGCUAUUAAUGCACACUGUCAGUCCUUCGAAAAAUAUACAAAAACAGAGCCAGAAUUACCUUUUAUCGUCUGUUUUACUAUUCCUCUUCUGAAAUGAAACAAUUCAAAACUAGUUUGGUACUUGGUACAGGGGGGAGUUUGGUAUUUGGUACUGGAGGGGUUGGUACUUGGUACAGGGGGGAGUUUGGUAUUUGGUACUCGAUUGGUACUGAUUGGGUUGGUAUUUGGUACAGGGUGGAGCUUGGUAUUUGGUUCUGAUUGGGUUGGUAAUUGGUACAGGGGGGGAGUUUGGUAUUUGGUACUGGUGUGGUUGGUAUGUUGUAUUCGGGUGAGUUUGGUAUUUAGUACGGGGGGAGUUUGGUAUAUGGCACAGGGGGGAGUUUGGAAUUUGGUACAGGGGGGGAGUUUGGUAUUUGGUACUGGUGUGGUUGGUAUGUUGUAUUCGGGUGAGUUUGGUAUUUAGUACUGGGGAGAGUUUGAUAUUUGGUACACGUGGAGUUUGGUAUUUAGUACAUGGGGAGUUUGGUAUUUGUUAAAGGGGGAAUUUGGCAUUUGGUGAAGGGGGUAGUUUGGUAUUUGGUACUGGAGGGGUUGGUAUGUUGUACUCAGGUGAGUUUGGUAUAUGGCACAGGGGGGAGUUUGGAAUUUGGUACUGAUUGGGUUGGUAUUUGGUACAGGGUGGAGCUUGGUAUUUGGUUCUGAUUGGGUUGGUAAUUGGCACAUGGGGGAGUUUGGUAUUUGGUACUGGUGGGGUUGGUUUGUUGUACUCAGGUGAGUUUGGUAUUUAGUACAGUGGGGGAGAUUGGUAUUUGGUACACGGGGAGUUUGGUAUUUAGUACAUGGGGAGUUUGGUAUUUAAUACUUGGGGGGUUGGUACUUGGUACAGGGGGGAGUUUGGUAUUUGGUACUCGAGGGAGUUUGGUAUUUGGUAUUGAUUGGGUUGGUUUUUGGUACAGGGUGGAGUUUGGUAUUUGGUACUGAUGGGGUUGGUAUUUGAUACAGGGUGGAGUUUGAUAUUUGGUACUGAUGGGGUUUUUAUUUGGUACAGGGGGGAGUUUGAUAUUUGGUACUGAUGGGGUUUGUAUUUGGUACAGGGGGGAGUUUGGUAUUUGGUAUUCGAGGGAGUUUGGUAUUUGGUAUUGAUUGGGUUGGUAUUUGGUACAUGGUGGAUUUUGGAAUUUGGUACUGAUUGGGUUGGUUUUUGGUACAGGGUGGAGUUUGGUAUUUGAUACUGAUGGGGUUGGUAUUUGAUCCGGGGUGAGUUUGAUAUUUGGUACUGAUGGGGUUUGUAUUUGGUACAGGGGGGAGUUUGGUAUUUGGUACUCGAGGGAGUUUGGUAUUUGGUAUUGAUUGGGUUGGUAUUUGGUACAUGGUGGAUUUUGGAAUUUGGUACUGAUUGGGUUGGUUUUUGGUACAGGGUGGAGUUUGGUAUUUGAUACUGAUGGGGUUGGUAUUUUAUACAGGGUGGAGUUUGAUAUUUGGUACUGAUGGGGUUUGUAUUUGGUACAGGGGGGAGUUUGGUAUUUGGUACUCGAGGGAGUUUGGUAUUUGGUACUGAUGUGGUUGGUAUUUGGUACAGGGGGGAGUUUGGUAUUUGGUAAUGGUAGGGUUGAUACUUAGUGCUGGUAGGCCUGGUAUUUGAUGCAGGAGGAGUUUGGUGUUAAGUACUCUGUCGAGGCUUUUUAUUCUGUUACUCCGGUCUCACUCAUGUAUGUUCAUAGUGGGGAAUCGCGAUGCAGCCUAGAACAAUCCCAUUCAAUCCCCCAACAGCCCCAUUCAAUCCCCCAAUAACGACAGACCACUUAGUAUGGAUGAAACAGGCCAUAGCAUUUAUUAUCACAAACUAAAUUACUGCAUGACACAUCCAUAACUUUAUUUAUUAAAUCUCUUCUUUUUCUGUAACCAAAAACGUUAGACAUAAAUAAGCAUAAAUUAACAUAUAUACAUAUAUAACUCCACACAUAGUGUCCCAUAGUGACCCAAGCGUCCUUGCCAAUAAACAUACAGUGGUUCCCAAUCACCACUUCCUCUUACCUCCCCCCUCGUCAUAAAAAAUCAUCUUUCCAAUGCCCACCAUCAGCCGACCUUAUCCACCUCGAUGGGCACGACAGCUCAGGCAACCUAAUGUUAGCCGUUUGAAGCAGGGGAGGUUGAGACCUUAAAAACUUGUUCAUCUCAUUCCAUAUACUUAAACGUAACCUCAAACUCAAUUGGCAAGGACAUACCCCCGGCUAGCUGUGAUUAAAUAUACUAAUAGGGCGGGCAGGAGGGAAGCUGUUUGCUGGCCUGAAUCCCAAGUGGCACUGAGGUAAGACCUCCCCCACACUAACUUACACAGAACAUAAUCCCACCCUCACACUCUUUCCCAUCCAAUCCCAUGCAUCUAUCCCCACACUCCUACAUGUGCCCUUGUCCGCUUAGCUGCGCUAUCUCCCCAGGGCCUGUUACUGUUAGAGACUCUUCACACUAAUUUUCAAGUAUUGGAGGUUCAGCUUAUGUGCUCAGUCAUUGUUAGAUCGGUCGCAUUCACUAAAUCACAUUUGUCUGUUAGAGCUUUUUUUCAGUGGUCACAAGGAAGUCCAUUCAUCCAACAACAACAUGAAGUCGCCCACCACAUUACCAGACACCCCCCAGCCAACAGCAGAAUCAGCUCCGACUGAGAGUCCAGAGGAGGAAGAGGAGGAGGACGAGACAGAGGAAGGAGAUGGGGAGCUUGGACAGGUAAGCUAAGCAACCAUGGCCUCCCUUAUCUUAUCUUAGAGAGAUUAGUGGACUGAUUUCUUGCAGCCAAAUAGAUUAAUUGUGAAUAACCUUCCGAGUCAUAAUCUGGGGGCAAUAUAUAUUAAACACUAGCAUUAAUAAACAGAAAGUCUUGACUUGAUUUUUAGACCAGUCUUGGUACCAAUAUGCAUUACUUCGAACUCACUAGUAUCCUCACAUUUAAUGGAGCCCUUUCCACACUCCCCUGUAAUGGCUCAACACUCAGGAAUUAAACUCACACAUGCGUAAUGUUUGUACCAUUACUGUACCCCAAGAGCUUAGGGCACAAUUACAGUCCAUGAUUUAGGUAUUGCUCAGCUCUUCACCACUGGGAUUUCUGAUAAAAUCUUGACCAUUGGGGUGAAUUGAGGACUGAGGUAGGAUUCACUGAAGAUGAACCAGAAGGCUCUUAAAUGUCACAAAUUGAAGUAUUUUUUAAGAAUGCAUCAAUUUGUUUAUAUAAUCACCCUUAGUUUAUCUCCUCACAGAAAUGCUUCAAGACUCCCAAUGGCUUUAUGUGUGAGUCCAAAGCUAACUCCAACAACUAUGAUAUCACUGAGCUGGCUACCUCCUCGCUCAUUGGUAAGAAGCCAUUCUGCAUGAAAGACAGGAAGUCCAUGAUAACUGCCAUUUUGUAUGUUAACAUUUAUGAAGUCAUGUUAGAGUGUUGCUGGGUGAGGUAUUGAGGUCCUUGUAUUAUCUGUGACACAUGAACCCUCAUUGUAUGUGACAUUGGGGCCCUUGGUGUAUUCAUGAAAAAUUAUGAUCCUCUGUGUAUCUGUGAGACAUGGCCCUUAGUGUGUUUGUGAGACAGGAGCUCUUGUCCAUGAGACAUUAAGAGAUUGGACGCUUGGUCUAUCCAUGACACGUUGGGACCCUCUGCAUAUCUGUGAGACACUGUGAACCUCUGGGUAUCUGUCAGAGGAUUUUCCUGUCAGGGGUCUAUGAUAUCCAUGUAAGAAGUAGGUAACCCUUAUUUCCCUGUUAGCAUUAGGUGUCUCUGGUUUCUCUGCCAGAUGUGCCCCUGGCCGGGGCAGAUUUCACCCUUGCUCUGUGUUACACACUGGGUGAACUAAUGAGACAGUGUCACUAUAUUUUCUGGUGUAAUUAGCCGUGAUCCAGAGAUUAACAAGCCACAAGUUACUGUGGAAACAACAUGAUUUGGAAUCUCAGUCCUUCCAUUUUGCAGGGAGCUGGCUGUAACCUGUAGGAAAAGAGAGAUUAAAUGUUCUACAUUAUUCAGUACUUACCCGCGUAUCCCUGUACACUGCAUUAACGAAGGGCAGGAAAUAUCACCAGAUUCGUACUGAGUGACAAUGGCUUUUUAUUUGUUUAUUUUUUUAGUGUAGAAUAGAACAGACACAAAGCUGCAAUAAUUUAGGGUAAAUCAUUAAUCUGCUUAAUUCCUCGCUAAACACGUUGCUGUUUAAAGAACAUGAUGUACUGUUUGCAUCACUUUAUACCUACCAGGCUGUUCUCAGAGAGGACAAAGCGCACCACAUUAGGCCCAAAUAGACCUGGUUUGGGGGCGUUUGAUAUAUUCAUCAGUAUGAGUCAAAAGGGGCUUCUUUACCAUCAAAUGUUAUAUUGUGAAACAUGUCUGUAUUUUACUUGUUGAGGACCUACGGACAUUCCAACCAUUCAAUCCAAUUUCUUUAUCUUUAAAAACAUUAAACUUAUUAAACUUCAAACUAAAUUCCUAAAAUAGCCAAGAUGUAUCUAGAGCGUAAUCGUAGGACUUAUCCAAAUCCCGAAAUCAUGCCAUUUGGAAUUUGAUAUGCUGCCAUUUGGAGUUUAUGAAGCUUUUGAGAGCAUUCCCCAUCCUCACUGAGUCACCCUGACACUAAGGGAGGCCUGCAACAAAAACAGUAACAAAUAAUUACUACUUCUUGUGUUUAGCACUAAUAGUAAUCUACUAAUUAAAUAGCGAGUUAGGAAUGUCAUAAUUGUGCAAGCAUCUUCAUAGAGCUAGGAGAAAUGCAGUGCCUUCGCUGACAUCAUGCUAUAAAUACACAGUAAUGUGCUGUUUAAUGUAAGUGAUAUUUAUUGUGGCCGGUAUUGACUAUUUAUCACAGUAGGGCAAUUAAAUUCGCUGUCUUGUUUUUUACUGGUAAAUCACAAAUAAAAAAAUGAAACCGGAAGUUUAUUAUGACAAAGUUUUUCUCACACACGGCUCAUUUUAAUGAUUAUUUUUUCAUUUAGUUAGUGGUUAAUACACACCACAAAGAUAGCAUGCUCCAAGAAGUGUAGGGUCCAUUAUACCUCUCCAUGCUAGGUCCAUUAUACCUCUCCAUUUUAGGUCCAUUAUACCUAUCUAUGCUAGGUCCAUUAUACCUCUCCAUUUUAGGUCUAUUAUACCUCUCCAUGUUAGCUCCAUUAUACCUCUCUAUGUUAGGUCCAUUAUAGCUCUCCAUACUAGAUCCAUUAUACCUCUCCAUGCUAGGUCCAUUAUACUUCUCUAUGUCACAUCCAUUAUACCUCUCCAUGCUACAUCCAUUAUAUCUCUCCAUGCUAGGUCCAUUAUACCUCUCCAUGCUACAUCCAUUAUACCUCUCUAUGUUAGGUCCAUUAUAGCUCUCCAUACUAGAUCCAUUAUACCUCUCCAUGCUAGGUCCAUUAUACUUCUCCAUGCUACGGACAAUAAAAUAGGGAUGGGUGAAUAAUCGAGUUAGGGCAUACCAGUGAUGUAACUUUUGUGGAAAGCAGUUCGGUAGCCUAGCUGACAUGUUGGCCUGCCCCAUUAAAGGGACAAACUAGGCAAUAGUUUGUCCCUUUAAUGGGGCAGGCCAACAUGUCCAUCUCAUUGAAGUGGUUAUGGUGCUCAGAGUUUCCUGAUGAUAUCCCUUCAUUCAGUGUUAAACCAUUUUAGAGCAGUGUUACAAUGAAAGAGGGUCUCUGAUUUCCCCCAGCCUGGCCCCCAUCGGCCCAUACUGAUUUGCUGUGAUGAGUACAUGUCUAGAGAUUAUUUUUCUACUCCUCCACCCUAACUUCACCCGCAUACACAGCACCAUGGGAGGUCAAGCUCACUUGCAUUCUAGGCCGUGGUUGUGCCCUGUCAGCUUAUUGAAGGAAUCACUACUCCUACUUCUAUCAAUUGACCUAGAACUGGUAUGAAAUGUAUACCUUUCUCUGCCCACAUAGGCCUUGUGCAAACCAUUAAAGAUCACAUCACCAAGCCGACUGCCAUGGCACGUGGACGAGUUGCCCACCUCAUUGAGUGGAAGGGCUGGAGUGCGCCGCAGUCUGGCUGGGAUCCCUCACUGACUGAUGAAGACAAUUACUCUGACCUGACCGACGAAUUGAAGGAAGCGCGUUUUGCAGCAGGUAAGAUCUGAACAGGAAGCAGGACACAAAAAAUCAGUGUCUGUCACCGGGAGAUAACCUGCACCCCGUGUCUGUCACUGGGAGACAACCUACUCCCCAUGUCUGGCACUGGGAGACAACCUGCUCCCCGUGUCUGGCACUGGGAGACAACCUGCACCCCGUGUCUGGCACUAGGAGAUAACCUGCACCCCGUGUCUGGCACUGGGAGAUAACCUGCACCCCGUGUCUGGCACUGGGAGAUAACCUGCACCCCGUGUCUGGCACUGGGAGAUAACCUGCACCCCGUGUUUGGCAAAGCAGGUCCUCUUUGUAUUGUCAGUGUUCCGUAAUGGGGUUUUGCCUUGUUCUUACAGGUGUCGCUGAGCAGUUCGCCAUCACUGAGGCAACGUUAAGUGCUUGGUCCUCCCUUGACGAUGAAGAAAUGCAGUAUGGGCUGGGGUCUCAAGAGGUUCGGCAGAUUCAAGGUAAGCUGGCAUUAGAGACGUUAGAAGGGAUCUAUCCACACCAUCCUAAUGUCAUCACUCAGGCUGGUGUUGUGUAUUGUACGAUGACAUACGAUACAGAUAGUAAAUAGUAUACUUGCAAAAACACAAUAUACAGGGAGAUAAUUUUUAAUUAGUUGGGUAAUUAUACGGGUGUAAGUGAGAUAUUAAACAAUAAAUUUAAUAUAGAAGAACAAUGUGUCUUAUUUACACAGAUAUCUAAACACAUUUAUUGUAGUGUAACACAAUUACUUGGAGUAUUAUUACUGUGGAGCUCUGUUAUACACUCAGACACAUUACUGGGAGUAUUAAUGCUGUGGAGCUCUGUUAUACACUCAGACACAUUACUGGGAGUAUUAUUUCUGUGGAGCUCUGUUAUACACUCAGACACAUUACUGGGGGUAUUAUUGCAGUGGAGCUCUGUUAUACACUCAGACACAUUACUGGGAGUAUUGUUACUGUGGAGCUUUGUUAUACACUCAGACACAUUACUGGGAGUAUUAUUGCUAUGGAGCUCUGUUAGACACUCAGACACACCCUAGAAAAGAGGGACAUUAGGAGAGAAAAUAGGGACAGGGGGAUUUCAGCCUUAAAUAGGGACGGCCCCUCCCAGGGCCAAAUUAAGAGCCCAGUGGGCCUGGUGCUGACAAUUAUGAUGGGGUCUAAUUACAGAAUCUUAUCGACCAAAAACACUAAAACAGUCAUACCUCUCAAGCGUCAUCUAUCUGAUGGAGUUGGUGUUGGAGGGAAACUCAAAGGAUGCAGCUAAAAGAAAACACAUACUCUAUGCUAAUCUCUCUCUAAUUUAUGCUUUCAUCUUUCAAGUAAAUCCAUACCCCCUAACAGCAGUGUCCAGUGAAGCAGGAAGUCAAUUGGCGGGGUAAAAGGGUGGGCCACUGAUGCAAAUCAUGUGACCAGAACUGCCAAAAGGAGUGAAUAUGCCCAAAAAAGGGGCAUGUCUGUCCAAAGAAUUGGAAGGCCAACCUGGCAUCAGUGUCCCUUUGUAUCACAGUGUCAGUGUCCCCAUGUCACCCAGUCCCCUAGUCUCCCAGUGUGUAUCCCCAUGUCUCAGUGUCUCCCAUGUCACUAGGAUACAAGGGGACACUGAGAGACUUGGGGACACAGUGAGACUUGGGGACACUGGGAGACAUGGGGGCACUUGUGGGUACAGACAUGGGGACACUGGGAGACAUGGGGACACAGACAUUUGGGGACACUGGGAGAAAUGGGGUCACAGACACUAGGGACACAGAGACAUGGGGACACAGACAUUUGGGGAAAAUAAGACACUAUGGACACUGAGAGACAUGGGAACACAGACACUGGGAGACUAGGGAACACUGGGAGACAUGGGGACACUGGGAGACAUGGGGACACAGGGAGACAUGGGGACACUGGGAGACAUUGGAACACUGAGAAACUGGCUGGGAGAUCUAGGGACACAGACAUUUGGGGACACUGGGAGACAUGGGGACAGAGACACUGGGAGACUAGGGGACACUGGGAGCCAUGGGGACACUUGGAGACAUGGGGACACAGACAUUUGGGGACACUGGGAGACAUGGGGACACAGACACUGGGAGACAUUGGAACACUGAGACACUGGCUGGGAGAUCUAGGGACACAGACAAUUGGGGACACUGAGAGACAUGGGGACAGAGACACUGGGAGACUAGGGGACACUGGGAGCCAUGGGGACACUGGGAGACAUGGAGACACUGUGUCCCUAGUGUCUCCGUGUCUUAAUGUGUCUCCCUAUAUCUCACAGCGUCCCCAUGUCUCACAGUGUCCCCUAGUGUCUCAGUGUCCCCAUGUCUCUCAGUGUCCCCACAUCUCUCAGUAUCCCCAUGUCUCCCUGCUGCCUUUCCCCCAUCCUUCACAUACCUGAGCUGUAGUCUGUCUGCAGGCUGGGAGCUGCUGUCUGGACUCUCUGUGCUGUGUAGUUGCUCCCCCACGGAUCAGUGAGUAGAGAGAGGCAGGGAGAUGCUGUAACUAUCCCUUCAUCUUCACACACAGUGACCCCUACUGGACGGUGCUGGUAUUGCAGAGUAAUCUCCGUUUAUACUGAGAAAAAUACCAGCAUUUGCAUUGCCGGUAUUACUGCAAUACCGUCACAGCCAGGCACUCUCAAAUACUGGUAAAAUACCAGUCAGUUGCUAAAAAAAUUUUUUACAAAAUAAAUAAAUACAAAUAUAUGCAGCUCCAUCAGCCCCUAUGUUAAUCCAGCCCUGGCCCCUCCUAAAUGGGGACACUUGGGAGGUAUUGGUAUGUUCUAAUACAGAGUUUGUUAGUAUGUGCUUGUACUGUUACUUAUUAGCUCUAAUAUAGAGAUAGUUGGUUUGUUCUAAUUUAGAGAUAGUUUGUUCUAAUAAAGAGAUAGUUUGUUUGUUCUAAUACAGAGAUAGUUGGUUUGUUCUAAUACAGAGAUAGUUUGUUUGUUUUAAUACUAAGAUAGUUGAUUUGUUCUAAUACAGAGAUAGUUGGUUUGCUCUAAUACAGAGAUAGGUGGUUUGUUCUAAUACAGAGAGAGUGGGUUUGUUCUAAUACAGAGAUAGUUGUCUUGUUCUAUUACAGAGAUAGUUGGUUUGUUCUAAUACAGAGAUAGUUGUCUUGUUCUAUUACAGAGAUAGUUGGUUUGUUCUAAUACAGAGAUAGUUGUCUUGUUCUAUUACAGAGAUAGUUGGUUUGUUCUAAUAUCGAGAUAGUUGGUGUGUUCUAAUACAGAGAUAGUUGGCUUGUUCUAAUAUCGAGAUAGUUGGUGUGUUCUAAUACAGAGAUAGUUGGCGUGCUCUAAUACAGAGAUAGUUGGUUUGUUCUAAUAUCGAGAUAGUUGGUUUGUUCUAAUACAGAGAUAGUUGGUGUGUUCUAAUAUUGAGAUAGUUGGUUUGUUCUAAUAUCGAGAUAGUUGGUUUGUUCUAAUACAUAGAUAGUUGGCUUGUUCUUAUUUAGAGAUAGUUGGUUUGUUCUAAAACAGAGAUAGUUGGUGUGUUCUACUACAGAGAUAGUUGGUUUGCUCUAAUACAGAGAUAGUUGGCUUGUUUUAAUACAGAGAUAGUUGGUUUAUUCUAAUACAGAGAGAGUUGGUUUGUUUUACUAAAGAGAGAUUUGGUUUGUUCUAAUACAGAGAUAGUUGGCUUGUUCUUAUUUGGAGAUAGUCGGUUUGUUCUUAUACAGAGAGAGUUGGCUUGUUCUAAUACAGAGAUAGCUGGUUUGUUCUAAUAUAGAGAUAGUUGGUUUGUUCUACUACAGAGAUAGUUGGCUUGUUCUUAUUUAGAGAUAGUUGGUUUGUUCUUAUACAGAGAUAGUUGGCUUGUUCUAAUACAGAGAUAGCUGGUUUGUUUUAAUACUAAGAUAGUUGGUUUGUUCUAAUACAGAGAUAGUUGGCUUGUUCUAAUACAGAGAUAGUUGGCUUGUUCUUAUAUAGAGAUAGUUGAUAAACUUUUUCUUGGUUAAUGCUGAAGCUGUUAGCGAGGAAUAAAUUGCCCAGGAUCCAUCUGCCAGCUGCUUGCGCUGCCCUCCUGGGGCAGAGAUGUCGCUGCACUGGGUGUCCCAGAGAAACCAACUGAGCUGUUGUGAGCUGCUUCUAUUCCUGGUUCUGUGCGCUGAUUAAUGGGACUAACCCAUUUCUGUUGGUGUCGGUGACAGGCAGUUUAUCUGGGAGCUAUGACUGCGGAGAAUGUGCAGCAAUCUGGGUCACAACAGGGAGUAGGCAAUACAGAGUGCCACAUCCUCCCUAAAAACUUCUCUGACUGUGAAGGUGCAUUUCUUUAUUGAUUGUCUCUGUUUUUGGCCUAGUUCUGCAGAGGAGGGUUUCGAUUGGUUGAUCGCUAUUUCGAUUAGCCAUCAGUAAUGUUAGAUAAUUAACCCCUAAAGGACCGUAGAUAUUUCAAGUCUCAUUACACUCAGAUCCCCAAAGACCUUUUGUCUCAGGUCCAGAUUGUUAUGAUAACAUGAACCAUGAACCUUAAGGAGUUAAAGAAAAUUAGUGCUGCGUCUUUUUCCAGCUUGGAUUGAAAGCACCAUAACCACUUAAUUCAUUGAAGUGUUUAUGGUGUCUAAAUAAGAGUCCCCAGCGGCCUCUGUGCGGCUUGAGCUAAAAAGGAAACAAAAGCUGAGAGUGUCAGCUGACCGCCUAUAACAGCACUCAUUGCUGGUAUGAAUCGGUAUGGCUAGAAGGAAGUGUGUUAUCUCUGCCUUAGCCACACCUUCAGUGGGGGCGGGAUUGUAGGUGGCCAGAGAACCUUUUUUCCUGUUAAAUUGAAAAUGGACUAAUACUGAAUGGAGGGACACCACCAGGGGACUCCAGAAACUAUAACCACUUCAAUUAGAUGAAAUGGUUCAUAGUACCUAUAGUUUCCCUUUGACCCUGUUUUUGUGCUUUAAUGGAGAAUUGCAUUGGUGAACGAAUCUUAAAUCUUCGAGUUAGUUCAGAUAUUUUAUUGAGCAAUGUGCUUACUUUACAACGAUAUAAGUACCUUGUACAUCACUGCGGAGUAUGUUGGCGCUCCAUAUAUAAUGUGAAAUAAGAAAUCCAGUGGAAGCCUGUACUGUUGCACUGCUCUUUGUCUUCCCCUUAAAUUCUGGGUUUCUAAGUUCCCUGGGAAUAGAGGACCAGAGAACGGCAAAUGUUAGACUUACAUAGCUCAGCAGGAAAAGAAUUGAGUUUGGCUAUUUAGCAAUUUCUUAAUUGAUUCUCCACAAUAUUCAGUGCAGUCAGCAGCCCUAUGGAGAAUUCAGUGAAGUUCAAUUUUUACUCCAAACCAGCCAAUCUGGAAACAUAGGAAUCCAGGGAUGCAUUCUGCUAAAUGUCUAUUGACCCCCAGAAAUUGUAAAUGUCUAUUUUGUGUUUACCUUGCAGAUCUGGAGAGCCUCUACCUCCAGGGGCGGCUGCUGAGUUACGCUCAUGGUGCCUGUGGCUCCGAUCUUGGUGGGAGUCUUCCCGGCUUGUCUCACUCAUCAGCUAUAUCCUUGGCUGUAGCACCUCAGCAGCUGCUCCCCGCAGAGGCAUGGGAUGUUUCCGAGGUGCGGCCAAUGCAGUCCGUUUUUCAUUGCCCGCUGUUCAACGCAGCCAGGAGUAGCAGUUCGGAUAAUGCCAAAAUACCAGCGGCAGGUGAAGGAGACAUCGCUCCUGAAUCCUGCAAACCACGACUCAACAACUCACUGCACUACGUAGACAGUAGCUCCCAAUCCGAAGACGAGGUGUUUUAUAACUAGGUGGCUUGUAGACAAUGCCCAUGGGACACCUACAAAUAGGGAGGCCACCUUACGUAUUGGGUCAAGUCGAUCACCUUACUUACUAAGAUGGUGAUAUUAGUGCCAAGACACAGCGAUCUCUGGUCUCCACCAGCGGCACCAAACAGCCUGCUGCUAUGUAUUGUCUGUGAAUUAACAAUUUAUUAGAUUCAAGCUCACAGAGAUGACAUGAUUUUACUAAGCACGAAGAAUGUAUUGUACAGAAAACAGGGCAGUCGUGACGUUUACUGCCCGUGGGUUGGCAAUAACUGGAAAUAGAUUCACCUUGAUACUGCCACUAGGACAAUAACUUCCAACCAGCUGGAGUAGCAAAGCAUUGUGGGCAAGAUCCAACUCGCAAAGGAAGAUAUUUCAGUGACUCCGGCUGAGGAUGUACCCAUAGAUUCUGCAAUAUAGUUAUUAUCUGUUGCACCUUUUUUUCAGAUUUACUUGAAAUCAGCUGUUACUUGGAUGGAAAUGGCAAUACGUGUCUUCAGAAAAAGCCGCAGCCUUAUUGUUUGGGACGUUUUUGCUGAUGUGUAUAUGGGUGAGAUACGGUUUGGUGUGCCUGAGGACGUCUGUAUUUCUGUGAUGCCUUUUAGUGAGUGUUGGCCGUCGUGUGUCAUGUCCGGUAUGCUAAUAUCCAUGUGGAUUUCCACUUGUACUCCAGCAAUACUGAAGGCUUAAUAUGAUAGAAUAUUAGAUUGUAAAGUAACAAGGACAAUUCAGGGAGUUAGGAUUUAAUAGUAGAAAAUUAUUUAGGGAAACAGCAAUCUGGGUCUGAAGCGAUACUCCCAAUCUGGUACCAAAAAUUAAAAAAAAAAGAAAACAGAGUCUCUACGAGUGUGGUACCCCAAAUUCCUAUUGUACGACUCGCACUCCAAUACUGUAGUACCCAACAUUCUCUUUGGAAAAAUGUGUCACUCCGGGAGGAUGAUACCCCAAAUUCUAUCUGCAAUGGUGGCGUUUUGAGAGUGUGAAACCCCAACAUUCUUUUUACAAGAGGUACCCCUUAUUGUCUUUAAUUUUUAAAAUACCUGGAAUCCAAAGUUGUAGUUAUAACAGUGGCACCCUAUGGGCAUGAGAUGCCCAUAGGGUGCCACAUUCUCAUCUCAUAAGAGGCCCUCUAAGAGAAUAUUAGCUCAAGUUCUCCAAUUCUCGUGCUACCCUGAAUUUUUCAUUAGAAGAGUUGUCAGUGGGAGCGUAGCUAUGUAUAUAUAUAUUUGUAUGUUGUCUAUGAGCAAUGUGGAUUAGUGGGCACUGUGUGUAGCUUUAAAUAUACAGCUGGAACCAUUUCUGUCAUUGUCUUAUGAAAAAAGAGGGUAAACAUUGUCCUCUUCACUGGAAUCUGAAUAGCUCACCAGCCACAGGCAAAAGUUCCUGAUAUUUCUAUGACUCUAAUAAAAACAGUGUCACAAACUGAGAGAGAUUUCAUUGUUGGGCAGCCAUGUUUCAUAAGAUGAACCCAUAGAUUUCAACCUCCUAAUAAAGCAAAUGCUCUGAAGCCAAAUCACACUUUCAUACAUGGUGCUCUAGUGACAUCCAUUGGCUAUUGUAGGAAUUACAUGUAUAGAGGCAGACGACAUGCUGUACAGUCUAUUUAAUUAUUCAAAAUUAGAGUUCUAAAAACAGAGUAAAAUAGACAGGGUUAUAUACACUAAAGUGAGAAUUGAAAGUAAAUUCAAAGUAAAUUUCAAAUUUAACACCACAGCAGCCGAGUUGACUUUUUACAGCCAGGCUAUGUUAACGUUAAAUUUGAAAUUCACUCUGAAUUCUCACUUUUAGUAAAUAAAAUCCUUAUAGUGUUUACAGUAAUAUGGUGAAUCUGGUGGUCGAGUGGUAGGAAUUAGCAUAAAGCCAGUGUACGUACAUUUAUCAAACAUCCUGAGAAGACACUAAAAAUAAAAAGAUAUUUUCAUAUAAUAUAAAAUGUCUACUUAAUACGCUCAGUCUGAACUCUGUCGUCCUCCCUGAUUGUUUAGUCUUUUGAACGUAAUAACAUUCCGCAGUCGGUAUAAAGGCCAGUUCUGGGUUUUAAUAGUGCAGCAUCAGCGGGAACAUUCCAUUAGUUUCCAUGGUAACCGCUCCACUUUCAGCACUCCAGAAUUGCUCUUUAUAUGAACUCCUGCUGGGGUCUGCCCCGACAUUGGCCUCAGGAAUGCGUGAUAUUGGGGUAAUAAGUGUUUCCCCUCCAGAGGUUCAGACAUCUUGUGUGUUUCAUUUUGGGUUUGCAAGACCUUCAAUGGCUUUCCUGAGCUGGAAGACAAAGAGU